CGGCCAGUGUGCGGGCAGGGUGACUGCGUUUCUUAUCCAAUCAGUUUGUUAUUGAGUCAGAGUACUAGUCAAGCGCAUGAUAUUCACCUACACUUUAGAAUAUAUUUAUAUUAGGAAAAAAAGUGUGUCAGUGGUGGUACCUAAUGAAGAGAAGGUGUACGUAACAGUAGAGCCGUAAGGCAGUAUACCCAUGGCGGGGUUCGACUCGUGGCAGUACCUGGUGUGGAAACUGUGGUCGCUGGUACUGACAGUCGCCACCAUUAUAAACGCCAGGUGUACAGACAAGCACAGGUGCGAAGUGGAUAUAACAUCCCAGAACGCCAAAAUUGGCUUCUUAACCCCGAGGCUCUGCUGUGAGGACAUUGAAUUACCAUUCACUCUUUUGGCCAAUUUCUUCGAACUAGAGUUCGGUAGCGUGUCGUUCCACCUCCACGAGUAUUACCUCUUGGAUGUCAGGGUGCGGGUGUGUGAGGAGGAUUUCAUAGAUCACCACGACAGCCGCAUCCUCAGUACGAACACCAUCAACAACUACUGUAUGGACUACCUGCCUGAUGACUGUCACGGCUACUUCGGCCCGGGCUACGAGACCUACAGCCACGUCACCAAUCACGACCCCUCGAGCGACGCCGACGUACCCGUAUCUCUCAGACACAUGAGGGAUUUUGAUUUCACCUUUCCCGUCUAUAUCAACAUCACCAUCCCGUCCAGUUACGAGUUACUGCGGCUCCCGCACGACCCAUACUCCAGUAGGGAUAUGUUCAACAUUACCUACGAGGUUUUGGCCGAGAACGCGACGGCGCGGGUGCCGGAGAUGUCUAGCUAUGCCUACCUCCAACACUGCAAGUACAAUGGCUUUCCAGAGCUCCAGCAAACAGAAAACGGAAUGUAUCGGUUCAAGUGCGUGUGUAUGGCCAAUACUUCAGGAGAGACAUGCGAGUGGGGCGGCGCCUGCCCCGACGCUUCGCACACUGAUGUCUGCAGUCAUCAUGGACUGUGCCAGUACCAAAGGGGGGAGAAUGUGUGUGUGUGUGAUGAAGACUACUUUGGCAGGCACUGUGAGCACCACGAGUCCACCGCCCCGGAAUAUAAUGGAAGUUGCAGAGGAGUUUUAGAGUGCCAGCACACGUGUCACAUCGCUGGGAAUAUCUUCAAGUGCCAGUGUCGUGCAGGCUACAAGUUGAUAAAUAAAACACACUGCCAAGAAAUGGAUGACUUGUGGGACGUGACGGUGAAGGUUCACGACUACCACCAGAACAUAUCCCUCAAAGAAAAGACUUACAGAUUACUUCAGAAAGCUGGGCUCGAAGACCUGGACAUCAGCGUUCCACCCAACAGUUCAAAUGAGAUGAAGGUCCACUUUGCUGUGAAGAAUCUAAGCCUUGUUCCCGCCAAGAGUGUUUGGGAAGACGCUCUAAUGUCCUCAGUCAGCCUCACUUACCAGGAUGUUUUGUGGAUUGGUCCUGUGAGGAAAGAGGUCAGGCAGUCUAGCCUCGUGUUGAUGUGCAACAUAUAUGGCAAUCUACCUCUUAUGAUAGACUGGUAUAAAGACCACUAUCAUAUCUACACCUUCAACAUCAACUCUAGUUCUGUGUCGCGUGUGACUGAAGGCAUGUACACCAUCAAGUACUACGAAGGGAUGAACGCGAAGGACCAUUCGGUAGAGCUGUGGGUGGAGGGUCACAACCCGUCAGUGGACUGGGGCAGCUACACCUGCCAGGCGGCCGACCACCACCACAAGACUGUCGCCCGCACUGUUGUCGCCGAUCUCGUCCCGCCCUUACAAGUGGAGGUGUUGCCCUAUGUCAUCAGAAUUGAAAAGAAUGGUAAUGCGACUCUUAGUUGUAACAUUAAGGGUGACUGGGAUGGUGGAAGGAACUACAAGUUCUCUUGGGUCGUCACCUCGAGAAAAGCCGUUGGGCAUUAUUUCCAUGAUGUCAGCAGUUGGAACAGAUCAAAUAUCUACAUUUACAAUAUACAGCAAUCGGUGAGUGUAAAAUGUGAAGUGAAAGUGAAAGAGAACUUGUGCAGUGACUCGGUGACCAACACCGGCUCGAAUUGUGUGAUGGUUCACAUUCUUCAGUUACAACAUUCACAUUGUCCACCAACUGCAUCGUACUCGACGUUCUGGCAAGCCACACCCGCAGACCAAACUGAUGAGACUGUGUGUCCUGAAGGCUUCGAGGGCAAGGCCAAACGGAAGUGCCAGCUUCUUUCCAAUCAGAGUGCCUCUUGGAGUACUCCAGAUUUUUCAGAUUGCUCAUACCGUCCACUGCUGAACAUCCUGCAGACCCCGGAGCUAGUUCUUCAGGCCAGAGGAUACGAGAUACGUGUGGAGGACGUCGCUGGUCUGGCCAGACAACUUCUGCAACUGCUGCAAGAGCGGGACACGAGGCUGUUACCGGGAGAGUGUACGGGGGUGCUGGCGGCGCUCGACACAGUGUUCAACCCAAGGAACAUGCCUGUGAACCUUGAUGUUUUUCUGUCAGUCAUGCAGCAGAUAAUGAAGAUGAUGAGGCAUACGUCUUGCGUGUCUGAUGUGUGGAAAUUAUAUGACUUGACUAAAUUGAAUAUCAUUAGCGUUCUGAAGCAUCCUCCUCCUCCUCCUCUGAAGACGACCUACCAUGUGGGGGACAUGGUGGCCAAGGUGGCAACACUCCAGCUUCAAAGUAAUGCCGACUUCGCUGUCGACUCGCCCUCUGAAUACAAAAGCAAAGCAAGGUAUUUGCGAGUGGACGUGACAGUUCUGGAGCAGACGGAAGAGCUGUCUAUUGGAGCGGUGAUGUACCUUCAUCCCAACAGCUUCGCGACGGGAAUGUCGAUGCUUGCAAGACCAAGUGUGACGAAUAUGCCUGAAGCCUUUGUCAUUUCCCCCGCUGUAGAGGUGGUGGGCUUGAAUCUGGUCAAUCACACACAGCCGCCUCUAAAUCACACCCUUGUCUCAACCCUCUCCUUCCUGGGCCUUGCCACACACGCGCCGGCAUCCAGAGUCAAUAUCACAAAUGACUAUGAAUGGACCCGCAAAUGUGGUGCAGCUGAGCUAGAAAACAACACAGUUGUGUGGUAUUUAAACAGAUGCACCACCAGCCACCAGGAUGGGAGUCGAGGCUCGUACAGGUGUGAGUGUCGAGGCCCGGGCCGGUUUGGUCUCGUCAGGUUCCUUUCCAAAGUCACAAAGCCCCAACUUCCUGAUCCAGCCUGGAAUUUGACAGUUGUGACAUCGGUAUGCAGUGUGUCGACAGUGGUGUUGAUUCUCCUUUGCUUGGUGGUCCGGCUUGCUAGAUCACGCACAGCCGGUGACGAGCGGUGUUCGGGCGUGAAGAACGCGCUUGACAGUUACCUGAAGAGAUUGCGGUACGGAGUCACUCUCAAUACACACCCGGAUGUAAAUGUUGAAACAGACCAGGAGCAAGAAACGCUGGAAAUUACUUCUAAUGAGGAUUAUUACUAUAACCCAAAGCGGAGAGGGUUGGUAAUGCCCGACAACACCAUCCGUAUAUGUGAACCUGUACACAAGAACGGAAAUGAGAUCAUUUUCAGUCGUACCUCUGAGCCGACACGCUGUUGUGCAGGUGGGAGCAACAGCAACAGAUCACAUCAACCCUUAAAUAACAACUUCCAGACUGUCCAAAGGAACGGUGUGCCCCGGGAACCCAUUGCGGUAUACAAUAACACGGAUAAUGUGUAUUUGGAUAUGGCUCCUAACCGAAAUCUUGUGAAAAAAGUGAUGAACAAGAGUGGCUGCUCGCAUAAUGUGCACAAGUAUGUAAAUGUAAGCAUCAACCAUUGUGGUGAGCCAGAAUCUUCACAUGUUAGUGAUGCUGCUUUGCAAAAAGAGAUGCCUUCUGCAGCUAGAAACCUUGUUACAGGGCCAACGAAUCCAUUUGGCUCUGAAACUCCCAGUAAGUCUGCAACGCGCCAAAGUGAGUCUCACUGGUAUUUACCCAUGACAGUGAAGAUGUCGAAGUGAUGAGAAAGAUUAGAUUCACAUCUGUGAAAAAUUAUGGCGUUUCAGUGAUUUACUGAAGUAAUAUUAAAGUUCUCUUGUAGAUUUGUUUUGAACUUGCAAUGUACAGAACAGUAUAUCUAUAAAGUAACAAUACCAUUAGAUAAACCAAUUUCCUGCUUUAUUAUUUCCCGUAUGGAAAUUUAUCACGGAAAAUAUUAAGUACUGCACUGUAUAUUGAACCAUUAAGUAGUUCAACAAUGAUUUGUGUGUGAAUUAUCAUACUAUAAAGAAAAGGAAAAACUUUUAUAAUUUUUUAAAAAUGAAAAUCGUAUAGAAACAUUCCAAGUGUACCGUAUUAUUUUAUUUCGCUAAGAUUCGCUUAGAAAUUAACACUGCUAAAUAACUCAUUCUUUAAGUUCGUAACCCAAGUUUUUGAAAAUAAUGUAGCUUACAAUAACGCAAGUAAACUGUUAUUUAUAUUCAUUAUAUAGAGCAAUAAUGUAAGCAUUUCAACAUUAUUUUGUCCCCCCAGCAGUGUAUAGCUUGGAAUUUUGUCCAUCCUAGCCUGAAAAUGUUAAGGCCUAGUGUCGAGCAGAUGGCAUAAAGCCUCUUGAUCAAGUAUGCUUUCACUACUAGAAACUUUCUCGGACAUAUCAUAACCACAGUAUGUUGUACUGUACACGUGAGGUUGUGAAUAAUUUGUAUAUUAAGUUUAUUUUGUAUACUGAAUAAUGCUUAGAACGGCCAAUUCGAGCAUUAAGUUUAACCAAAUAUUUCCAAAGUAGGUACUAAUAGGUUUGUUUAACAGUAAGUCAAAUUUUGAAACUAUAAUUUUUGUAAAAUGUUCUUGUGUGUAAUUGGGGCGUUAAAGCUCAUCAUUGUGGUUUAAUUUGAAAACUUGUUUGAAAUUUAUAUAACAAUUACUGUAUUGCAGAUAAGGUAUUUCAUAUUCAGUAGCCUGUAGAUAUAUAUUUAGUAUGACUAUUUAGUUUGAAAUAUAAUGAACUACAAAUACUGAAGAUAACAUGCUUUCAAAACAUACUCUAAAUGAGUAGUGAUAAUUUGUAAUUUUAUUAUAGUAUAAAAAGACCAUUUGUAGUGCAAAUAAAAGUACCUACAAGAA